AAUGGGCUGAUGAAAGAGCACCUUCUCAAAAACACAGCACCUAACAAUCCCCAAAAAACACAACGCCUUCAAAGGAGAACCGCUAAUCAUCGGAAAGAAAGGCGGGGAAGAAGAAAGAUGGUUGAAGAAUCUGAGAAUUUAGCCACCGCCGUAAAAGAGGAAACAGAGGACUCAACAUCAAUGGCCAAGAACCACCACAAUCCUUCCGGAGACGAGUCGGACGCCGAGGAAGGGGAGAUCGUCGGCGACGAUCCGGAGAAAGCGGCCGUGGCGGCGCCGGUCCCGAAGCACCCCUUGGAGCAUUCGUGGACGUUCUGGUUCGACAAUCCUUCGGCUAAAUCUAAGCAGGCCGCUUGGGGAAGCUCAAUUCGCCCUAUCUAUACCUUCUCCACCGUCGAAGACUUCUGGAGUGUUUACAACAAUAUACACCACCCUAGCAAGCUAGCAGUUGGAGCAGAUUUUCACUGUUUCAAGAAUAAAAUAGAACCAAAAUGGGAAGAUCCUGUUUGUGCCAAUGGAGGAAAGUGGACUGUUACUUUCUCGAGGGGCAAAUCCGACACUUGUUGGCUCUAUACAUUACUGGCAAUGAUCGGAGAACAAUUUGAUUAUGGUGACGAGAUUUGUGGGGCAGUUAUCAAUGUCAGGGCAAGGCAGGAGAAAAUUUCUAUUUGGACAAAGAAUGCUGCAAAUGAAGCUGCUCAGCUAAGCAUUGGAAGACAAUGGAAGGAGUUUCUGGAUUAUAACGAUACGAUUGGUUUCAUAUUCCACGAUGAUGCUAAGAAGCUCGACAGGGGUGCCAAGAACCGUUAUAGUGUGUAGUUUCUUGGUGGCUUAAAUGUGUCCCAAUUGAGUUUUCUUUAGAUAGCUUUUGCUGGAACUUAGUUUUACCGAAACGCUUACUUGAUGUAGUCUUGUAGACUUGUGUUCAAUUGUAAGGCACUAGACACUAUGCAAAUCUAGUAAACUUUUGUUCUACCCUUGAAGCAUUUCUUGUCUUUGCUAUAUUGUAAAAUCAACUUCCUCAAUCUUCUCUU